AUGAACGUGCUGUCCAACCCGGGCCUCCGGGCCCAGGAGCAGGCCCUGCCCCUCUGCGGCCCCGCGUCGGUCCAGGACUUGCCCCACUGCCCUCCGGGGUUCAACCUGAACCCCCGCCUCAACGCCGGCCCCCUGCUGAGCCUGCAGAGCGCUCAGAGACCGGCCAAGCCUCAGAGGGAGCUGAGCCCCGAGGAGCAGCAGGAGCUCCGCAGGAAGAUCAACAGCCGCGAGAGGAAGCGGAUGCAGGACCUGAACGUGGCCAUGGACGCCCUGAGGGAGGUCAUGGUGCCGUACGCCUCCUCGCCGUCGUCCGGCUCGUCUCAGGCUCACCAGCCCGGAGCGCCGCCGGGCCGCCGCCUCUCCAAGAUCUCCACCCUGGUCCUGGCCAGGAACUACAUCCUGCUGCUGGGCUCGUCCCUGCAGGAGAUGCGGCGGCUGCUGGGGGAGGUGAGCCUGGGGAUGGGGGUGAACCCGGGGCCGGUUCCCAGGCUGCUGCUGGCCGGAGGCUGGCCCCUCAUGUCCGGCCCGGGCCAGCUCCUCCUCACUCAGGAGCCCCUCCUCUCCUCGGCAGCCUCCUCCUCCUCCUCCUCCGCCUCCUCCUCCGCCUCCUCCUCCUCCUCGGCGGCGGCUAAAUGCCCCCUGCUGUCUCCCGGUCCCGUGGACGCCUCCAUGGCCCCGGUGCAGUGGGGCUCGGCGGGGGGCCCCGGGGGGCCGCUGUGCCCCUGCGGCGUCUGCAGGCUGCCCAGAUUCAGCCACGCCGCUCCGGCGCCAAGGUUCCCAAAGUGA